AUGCCACUGCCAUACACGCCCUACAAGCUAGCGUCAGCAUCACUGGCCCCAUCUGCAUCUUUCGCCGGCAGCCACAAUCGGGACGAGGAUGCUAUAGCUGUGCCUACUCCACAACAUACGGGUCUGGAAGACGAGCCCGAGCCGAUCAAUGUCGCUCAUCACCAUGCCGUAGAUGCUCGCCUAUACUUUCCUUCGUACUCCAGCACUGACCUCGACGGUGGUUUCGCCUUGGCGCGCGUUGUCGCAGGAGGCCGUGAACUGCAAUUGCUUUGGUCGAACCUCAAAGAAUCAACAUCUGCAGCAGGGCCGUCCUCGAAGGUGCUCACAAAGCAGCAUUCUUUUUCAGCCUCGCUUAGCCCAAAGCUCGCCUCUGAACCAGCGCGGACGUUCCUCUUCCCGGCCCCUCUACUUCCUGGCUUAGGCAUGUUCGUCGACCCGUCUUCUAAUCGCCUCUAUGUGAUCGCAGCUACCACGACAGGCUUUCUAUAUCGACUCGAAUUCUCUGCCCCCCAUCUCUUCCAUCAAGCAAAACUGGCUUCUAAUUGGUCGUCCGAAUACCGCAUUCAGCACAUUGCCUCUUCCGAGUCCGUCAUUACUGCGUCGCUGCGUGGAGCGGCGAACGCUGCUCAGCUUUAUGUGGUUGAUUCUGGUCUUGCUCUCGUAACCUGCGCCGAUGGCACCAUCAUCAAGCUUAGCCGCUCCGCCUCUGGCUCAAAGGACAACAACGAUGGUGCUUGGAAGGAGACAGUGCUGCGGCCGACUUCGUUUCUCUCUGGCGUCUCUCGUUUCUUCGGCAGAUCCAACGCUAUCUCAGAGUCUGAGUCCUCUCCAAGCUUUGCGCUAUCCCUCGAUGUCUACCCAGGUGAGGUGGGCAACACGAUGGCAUUUGCAGCUAGCCGUGACCGCAAGCUUCGAGUGUGGAACCUCUUGACCGAUUCGUGCAUCCGCACCAUCGACCUUCCACUGCAGAUGGACUCACCAGUAUCCAACGAAACCCGAUUGGUAAUAGCAACCGACGAAAGCAGCUCGGCCACUGAGGGAUCUGAUACACUGGCCUAUUUUAGCUCGGUGUCUCGUCCGUUUGUCAAGGUGUUCGCACCCAGUCGCGACGACAGAGAUGGACACGCUCUCUAUGUCCUUGUUUACGUGCCGGCUUCCCCACCCUCCGGCAACUUUUUCUCAUUGUACGGUGUUGAACUUGAAGACUCGAAGGGAUCCUCUGGAGGACUUGGCGAAGUCACUCUUCUGUGGCAGAAACGCUGCGAUGCCGAGACUCGCGGCCGCAACGUCGAGUUGCGCGAUGUUGUCUUUACUCCGCAAGGCGAGCAUGGAGACGGAUGGGUCAUGUGGGCGCUUUGGGAUGGUGGCGUCGGUCCAGUUCUCAAAUACGCAAAAGUCGGCGUCGAGGCUGCUAAUGCUGAUGAAAGCAGCAUCAGUAUCCGAUCGAUGGCUGAAGACUUGUCUAAGGACGACUGGCGUACUGUCUCCUCGGAACGCAUUUACAGGCCGCUACAUGGUGAAGACUUUGAGGCGACACUCGAAGCGACAAAAGAAGUGGUUGACGCCGCCGACAUUUUUCUCGAUCGCGUUCUCGAGCCCGGUCGCUUCUCUGAGGCUACCCUACGUCUCGCUCUUUCGACCUACAAGGAAGUUCCAAUGUCAUCGAAUCAUCCACCCUCGACCUUGUUCGCAAGCCUCCGCGACGAGGUCGCAUCUGUAGUUGCCAGCAAUUGUCAGCUCGAAAACGAUCCGCGCACUGGUGGACCAAUGUACGAGAAGCUGUACGCUUCGCGCGUGCGCGAAUGGAUGCGCUUUGUCGGACUUGCAGAGCAGAUUGAGACGGCUGCGCGCUGGCCAAUUGGCUUGUCACUCCCAGCGUCCAGCUUCGAUGGCUCGAGGGUAUCUAGCGAAGCGAAUGUGCCUCUGGUGAUUAGCCGAGACACGAUCGCGCUUCCAGUCAAUGAGGACGAGGCAAGCGUCAUCGAGCGUUUGCAGCGAAACCUCUUUGCUACUGUGAACAGAUCGCGCUCAGACAAUGUUCUGGCCACCAACUCGGCCAGCGAGGAGCGCGCGCUCCUCAUUCAUGCAGCAAAUUCACAACCGACUCACAUUCUACCCACGCUUGGUCAAACGUCCGCCACUGUCGCCGAGGUCCUGACGUUGGUCGAAUCUGCCUCCGACCUCGCCGCCUGCUUCACUGCUCCUGAAUUGGAAGCAUUUGCUGCUGGCCUUCAGAACCUGCUAUCGGAGCCACUCACCAUCUCCGUCAAGGAAGCCCUCGCCGACGUGUGGAUCAACAAUUUCGCCGCACUCGGCGGCGAAGAGGCGAGCGAGAUCGUCGCACGCACCGCAUAUGACCUCGGUGCCAGCCUUGACAGUACCUUGACAGAUAUGGCCGUCUUACUCAGCGAGACCACCAGCACUGUUGAUGGCCUUGCUGCUGCAGCAUCUUCUAUUUCCUCGACCGACCUUGGCUCUGCUAUGACGGCAGACGCGCUCAACCAGACUCUUGCUUCGCGCCAUCGCCUCGCUGUGCUCUUCAUGCUGCUGCUCACUGCCCUGGCUGCGCAAGACAAGAUGGCGGACCUGGUGGAGAACGAGAGCAGGCAAAUCGGUGCGGCACUCAGCAUCUUCCAGUCUUUGGGCUCUAGCUUGCAGCUGGCGCGCACCGAUGCUGCCGUCCAGAUAGCUUGGAGCGGAGGUGAUGUGGCGGAAAGCGAUUCGAUUGUUGCAAAGCUCAACCAGAUGUCGGUCGCUGGACGCAAGAGUCGUGAGCCACAUCAUUUCGCCGCACCAACGCUGCUGCAUCAUUGCGUGCGCGAUGGACUGCUGACGGGCGGUGCAAAUCCGUCUUAUGGCGGUUCCUCAUUGAGCCUGUCUGUCAAGUCGACCGUACUUAAAAGCCUUUGGUCGCUCGGCCUCACGGAUGUACGCGAAUGUCUGACUGCUGAAGCGAAGCCUCUGCUUCCCUACCUCAAUGAUCGGCACACCUCAGUCGCGUUUGCUGUGUUGGUUCAAGGCUAUCCGUUGGCAGCCGAGACUCUUCUUGCGAACUUCCCAGAGUCGCCAGCCGGAGAAUAUGUGCGUGCUCGUGCCCUCGUCCAACUACAGAGGCUUGAUGACGCCGGCUCAUCCUUCGAAAAGGUGGUUAGCGCACUUGAACUUGCGAGCAGUUCCAAAAGUCGCGCCGUGAGUGGGCUUUUCGAGCUGCUUCCUUCCUCCGUUGCCCUUGCAGAAGGAGAACAGCGCGUUGCGGCCUACUAUCGCCACGUGGCACUCUUCUUCGAGCCGCUUGAGGCAAUUGAGCACGUCAUUCGAUUCUGCCAGGCAAGUAUUGAUGCUGUCGGCACGUACGCCAACGAACGACCGGCCAAAAUAGCCUUGGGCGACGCAGAAGCAGAGAUAUUCAGCACGGCCGGGCCCAAGGAAGUGUGGUUCAAGAUGUUCCGCUGCCAGCUGGCGCUCGACGAUUUUGAGGCUGCGUAUGCUACGGUCAUGGCAACACCGUACGAAGGCGUGCGCAAGGACUGCCUCCGGAACCUGGUCAGUGUGAUGUGCGAGGAAGGCCACAUCCAGCCUUUGCUGCACUUCACCUUCCCUGGUUUGCAAAGCGAGGUGGAGAGGACGCUGUCGUUCAAAGCACGCAACUCGGACCCUCUGUCAGUGCCUAAUUUCUACUCAGUGCUUUACUCAUACCAUCUCUUCCGUGGAGAUCUCAAGUCAGCCGGAGCUGUCAUGUAUCAGCAUGCCGAGCGGCUGAACGAGCUGCAUCGACCCGGAGCAUCUGGCAGUGACGACCCACUGGAGCGCUUCAUGGUUGUAGCGGUUGAGCAGGCACAGAGUUAUCUGGCCUCGAUCAACGCGCUGACUAUGCUCAAGCACGAGAAUGCAUGGUUUGCGCAUGCUGCUGAUCCCGAAGGACCGCAGACAGCUAACGGCAGUGAGUCGCUGUUUGAGCCGUCGUCAUCCAUUCGAGCUGGUGCUGUAGCGGGGAAGCAGACGAGCAGUCUUACACGAUACAUUCCAGCCUCUGCCUACAGCCAUCAAGUGCGUGAGAUCCGUGUCGUCUCGGUGGACGAUGUGCGUCGAGAAUACACGCUGGCUUUGGCGCGACUCGAGCUGGUCAAACGAUACCCAGACCUCGCCUACUCUACUACGGUGCUUCGACCUUCGGAUGCCGUCCUGCUGUUCGUGAACAGCGACUCGUUCGAUUCGGCAUUCGACAUGGCUUGGAGUUUGGGUGUCGAUAUGACGCCGAUUUUUUCGGCUCUCACCGUCAAGGCGGUUGCGCUGUCGCGAGCAAAGCUUGAGCGCGAUGCGUUGAAGCGCAAGAGCAGCACGAACUCAAAUGACGAUGAGCAGGACAUUCAUCCCGAAAUCGCCCAACUCAUGGAAGCAGACGAAGACCUUUCAGAACCGGAAGCCGUUUUCCUGACUCUCUCGGAGAAAUCAGCGAGCUGGCAAGGUUCGGCAUCGGAACGUGCCUGGCGGUACCUGCGCUACCACCUCGAGAUGUAUGAUUCGGCGGAAGAUGGCAGGUACUACCGAGUAGUUCUGUCUCGGGUGUCGUUGCUGGAUCAUGCAGUGACACCAAACUGGUUGACCGAGUGGUUUACACGUACGCACAACAGCGACGUGCUGCUGCGCAUCUGGAUUGAUCGCCAGCUGAUUAUCGAAGCAAGCGAAUUCGCGAUCAAGUGGUUGCAGGACGCUACUGCCUCAGCUCCUCGUUUGACGCGCGCCAACGAGCAGUACAUUUCAAAUCACAUCAUCGAUCGACUGCUGGUGAAUUUGGAUGGAGAGCAAGGAACCAUCGUACCGUCGAAACAAGCUGAGGCGUCUAAGGUCAAGACUGAGCUGCAACAGGCGAGAAAGAAGUACAUGGAUGCGCUCGCGUCUAGAUCAAGGACACUGAAGAGGCAGGCGGAACAGGAUGCUUUUAGGCAGGAGAAGCGUCGCGAACAGCAAAGUGGUGAUGCGUUGGUUCGGUCCGCUGAUGGCUUACACGCCUUUUGA